AUGAGUGACAGGGAUCCUGUGGCACUUGUAUCAGAGCGAAUCUGUACACAUAUGAAUACAGACCACAUAGAUUCAAUGAUGCAUUUGACUAUGCAUCAUGCAAAGUUACCGAAAAUGCCAGCAUGGUGUCACAUGGAGUCCAUUUGUGCAACACACAUUGUGAUUCGUUAUGCAUCAGAGGAGCAAGACGAAGGCUCAGAAAAGCACGACGCUCUCUCAACCAUCCAAAUCGAUUUGGAUCCACCUCUCGAAUCGGUACAAGCUGCACGAAAACGUCUUGUUCAGAUGAGCAAGUCAAGUGAGGAGCAAAAUGAACGAUAUGUCAUAGAGUGUUUGUCCUGGCUUGAUCGAAGGUGGACGAACAGCAAACCAGUGCCUUCUGACCAUGGGCAGCUCUCAGCCUGGCUUCGUGAUACGCUGUUUGAGCGCACGCUCCCUUACAUUGACGGUGAUCGAUGGAGAAACGAGACGGUCAUCAUAACGGGUGGAUCUCGUGGCCUGGGAGCGAUUCUUGCGCGAAAACUGGCAGAUCGCGGUGCAAACGUGGUGUCGAUUGACAUUGUUCGUGCGAGCUUCAAGCAUCCACGUAUCACUGCUUUUAAUUGCGACAUAUCGAAGCCCUUAAAUGUUGAAUCAAUUGGGAGACACGUUAUGAACAGACUUGGCGCGCCAACAAUCCUCAUUAACAAUGCGGGCGUAGUCCAUGGCCACCCAUUGUUGGAGCUGUCUUCAGCGUCCAUUGCUCAAACGCUGGAAACGAAUGCUAUGGCGCCUUUUUGGCUUUUAAAAGAGUUUCUUCCCGGUAUGGUGAAUGCAAAUCGCGGUCAUAUUGUCACUAUUUCAUCUGUGAUGGGCCAUGCAGGAGUAGCACAAAUGACCGACUACGUGGCCUCGAAGCAUGCCUUGGUCGGUUUGCACGAAUCACUCCGUUACGAACUGGACAGUAUCUACAACGCGCCAUUCGUGCGCACUACAUUGGUCACGUCCGGACAUCUGCUAGAAACUAGCAUGUUUGCUGGCAUCAAAUACAACCGAUUCGCCAGGUUUAUCGCACCUGCUGUGAGCGCGCACAGCGUGGCUGAUGCUAUCAUUGACGCACUUGCGAACCAGGAAAGCCGUCAAAUCGCAAUGCCCUGGUACGCCUCGUGGGCGCCGAUGCUUCGGCUUCUGCCAUCCUUUCUACGCGACGGAAUUCAAAAGGUACGUGUACGGUAUCUUGCUUAUAAGUAA